AUGGCGAACCAGGCAGUGCUGCUGGUGCUGCUGGCGGCGGUCCUCCUCGACGGCGUCCUCGCGGCCGCCACCCCGGCCAGCACCACCACCAGGACGACCACCACCUCCACGCCGACCGCCACCUCGGAGCUGCCGCUCACCUCCACGCGCCGCACCAAGCCGCUGUGGAACCAGACGCAGACGGACCGGCUGAAGCACGACCUGCUGCUGGGCUACGACAAGUUCGCCCGGCCGCACCCGCACGACGCCCACACCGAGGUGGACCUGCUGGUGGUGGUCAAGCACGUCAGCGUGGAUGAGUUUGCGGGCACCAUGUCGCUGGACGUGUGGAUCAAAAUGUUCUGGACCGACCCCAAGCUGGCGUGGACUCCCAGUCAGUACGGCAACCUGAGCACGCUGCACGUCGCGGACCACGAGGUGUGGCAGCCGGACAUCAUGCUGUACAAUAGUGCGACGAGCCCGGGCAUGUCGGCCAGCCACUACGAGACGUCCCAGAUGGUGGUGACCAACGACGGGAGCGUCAUCUGGGUGCCCAUGACGCGCCUCGAGGUGUACUGCGACAUGGACCUGACGCACUGGCCCUACGACGAACACACCUGCGAAUUCCGCAUGGGCUCCUGGGUGUACGACAAGAACCACGUGGACAUCGUGGUGCACAACGAGACCUUCACUCUGGACCCCCACGUGCAAGGCUCCACGUGGGGCGUGGUCAAGACGGCCUUCGAGAGGAAGGAGACGCUGUACGCCUGCUGCCCCGAGUGGUACGUCGACGUGAGCUUCACCGUCACGGCAACGCGGAUGGGCGCGGCUUACCACCAAGUCAUCGCCGCGCCUGUCACAACUAGCGUCAUGAUUCUAAUGGCCAACUUCUGGAUCCCCUACGAACGCACGGAGAAGGUCCUGCUGCAGGGCAUCAACAUCAUCGUCCUGUCCUUCUCCCUGCUGUUCAUGUCGCACCUCGUGCCCAUCUUCACCAACCACACGCCCAACAUCGUCAAGUUCUACACGUGCGUGCUCUCGCUGGCGACGGUCACCCUGUUCAUGACCGUGUCGCUGCUGAACGUGGUGCGCACGCCCCGCAUCUCCGCGGUGUGCUGGCCUGUCUCGCUGCUCCUCACGCACCCCCUGCUCAGCUGGAUCUCGGCGGGCGUCAUCGAUAACGUAAGGCUUCGGCCGCCCACUGUGACUGGCUCGGUGUCUUUCAGGUGGCUGCACCUCAGGCCCCCGACGACCCCGACGGCCCCGACGGUCCCCGACGGCCCCGACGGCCCGCACUCGGACUCGGUGGCCAUCCUGCCGCUGCCUCGUGAGGCCGGCGUCGAGGCCAUGCACAUGGAGAACUCGCUGGAGCUGAGCUACGCGCGCAACCGCAAGGAGUGGCGGAUCCUGGCCGGGACGCUGGAGCGCAUCUGGUGCUUUUGCAUCAUCAUCACCAUCCUCUACUGGUCCUUCAUCUUCCUCAACCCCUAGACUCUCCCGCGGAAGUCCGAGUCCAAAACCAUCGCGCCGCUCCGCGUUCAUUUUCAUUCGUUUUGUUGUGACUUCACGAUUCGUACUUAUCGCUGGGAGGCAUACGCCGAGGCGUACGCACAGCCUGGAACUGCCUUGGACGACAUCGCUACCCCGGACCGCGGGGCGCGCGGGGUAUCGCCGACUCCGGGCAAGGAGUGUGGCCCCAGCAAGGAGUAUACGCAGCGCGGCCGGACUGAAAGACGCCACGUCCCGCAUCCAAAACCAGGGGCCACUCCUGUAUUUUGUCGUCUUUUUCUGUAAAUAAUGCGAGCCGGCUUUCGCGACGCUGGACUGCGCAGUGGACCGCACGGCUGCCGCCGUCUCGUUUCGGGGAAUAGUGUCGUUUUCCAGUGAACGCGUCCCGUCCGCCUUUUCCAAACUCGUCCGUGA